CACGCAAGGAAGUGGUUAGACUUCUCAGAGAGGAAAAGGGAAGUGGGACGACUUCAGACAGCGAGCUCAACUUCUGCCUUUCAUUCGGGGCUGGCUCAGCUGCCGUUCGUGUCGACUGCCCAGAGUCCGCGAACCAGCUGGCCCCUGGAGACAGGACCCCUUCCCCCCGCCUUCCUCCUCUCCCUGUGAAGCACUCAGAGCUGUCAAAAAGUGGGCAAGGUCGUUGCCUCCAAAACCAACAAAGAACAAACUCUGCACUUAAUAUCCUGCCCGCCACACCCAGGGGUGGCUCAAGAGGCCCUUUGCAGAGCCAUGGCUUACCACAGCUUCCUGCUUGAGCCCAUCAGCUGCCAUGCUUGGAACAAGGACAGGACCCAGAUCGCCCUCUGCCCUAACAACCAUGAGGUCCACAUCUACAAGAAGGACGGAGCCAAGUGGACUAAGGUCCAUGAGCUGAAGGAGCACAAUGGGCAGGUGACAGGCAUCGACUGGGCCCCCGAGAGCAAUCGGCUGGUGACGUGCGGGACAGACCGCAACGCCUACGUGUGGACCCUGAAGGGCAACGUGUGGAAGCCCACCCUGGUCAUCCUGCGCAUCAACCGCGCUGCCCGCUGCGUCAAGUGGUCCCCCAAGGAGAACAAGUUUGCCGUGGGCAGUGGAUCUCGCCUCAUCUCCAUCUGCUACUUUGAGCAGGAGAAUGACUGGUGGGUCUGCAAGCACAUCAAGAAGUCCAUUCGCUCCACUGUGCUCAGCCUGGAUUGGCACCCCAACAACGUGCUGCUGGCUGCUGGUUCCUGCGACUUCAAGUGCAGGAUUUUCUCAGCCUACAUCAAGGAGGUGGAGGAGCGGCCAGCCCCCACUCCCUGGGGCUCCAAGAUGCCCUUUGGGGAGCUGAUGUUUGAGUCAAGUAACAGCUGUGGCUGGGUCCACAGCAUCUGCUUCUCUGCCAGCGGCAACCGCGUGGCAUGGGUCAGCCACGACAGCACCCUCUGCCUGGCAGAUGCCAACAAGAAAAUGGCCGUGGCCGCCCUGUACACGGAGAUGCUGCCUCUCCUGGCUGUCACCUUCAUCACCGAGAACAGCCUGGUGGCUGCGGGCCACGACUGCUACCCCAUUCUCUACACCUAUGAUGAGGGCCAGGGAGCGCUGAGCUUUGGUGGGAAGCUGGAUGUCCCCAAGCAGAGCUCCCAACGUGGCCUGAGUGCCCGCGAGCGCUUCCAGAACCUGGACAAGAAAGCCAGCUCUGAUACCAACAACGUGACCCUGGAGACGCUGCACAAAAACAGCAUCAGCCAGAUCUCCGUGCUUGCUGGCGGCAAAGCCAAGUGCUCCCAGUUCUGUACCACGGGAAUGGACGGUGGGAUGGGCCUCUGGGAUCUCAAGAGUCUGGAGUCUGCUCUGAAGGAUCUCAAGAUCAAGUGAUGGAGCCACUGGGAAAGGCUUCUCCGGCGCUGCCCAUCCCGCUCAGCUAUGCCACCCCCACCCGCUUCCUUUGCAGACAACCACCGUGCGUUCCCCGGGUGGCAACGCGGGCCCUGGCACUCCCCACAUGCUCGGGAGCACAAAGGAAAUACCAGGGUUUUUACCCCAAUUUUUAUAAAAAGCCUAUGCUGGUCAUACAUCGCUUAGAGAACCAAUAGAGUGGAUUCUCCACUGAA